AUGAAGGCUAUAGUUACGCAGGGCGAGUCCGGCAAAGCAUCGGUGACCGAUCGACCAUACCCUAAGCCUCGAUCCGGUUAUGUUCUGGUUGAUGUCAAGGUUGUCGCACUUAAUCCGACAGACUGGAAGCAUAUCGACUACGAAAAUUCGAAGAAUUGCCUGAGCGGGUGUGAUUAUGCAGGAAUUGUCGCAGAGACAGGCACUGGCUACUCAAAGGACUGGAAAGUCGGAGACCGCAUUUGCGGGUUUGUUUUUGGAGGAAAUGUCCUCCAGCCCGAAGAUGGUGCCUUCGCGGAACGCAUUGCGGUCAAGGCAGACGUCCAAAUACGCAUCCCCGACAGCAUCUCCUUCGAAGAAGCUUCCACCUUGGGCGUAGGGAUCGUCACUUGUGGCCAAGGUCUUUUCCAGCAGAUGAGCCUCGACCCUCCGAGCAAGCCGAAUAGCAAAGGUGAGUAUGUCCUCAUCUAUGGGGGCAGCUCUGCGACAGGAAGUUUAGGUAUCCAAUUUGCCAAACUGGCUGGGUAUACACCGAUUACCACUUGCUCUCCGCAGAAUUUCAGCUUUGUCAAGUCUCUUGGGGCGGCAGAAUCGUUCGAUUAUAGGGACCCUGAUUGCGCGAAGAAGAUUAGAGAGUACACCAACGACAGCCUCAAGUACGUCUGGGAUACGAUCUCGCUUCCUAACACAGCUCAGAUCUGUGCGGACGCAAUCGGUCCUGCUGGUGGUGUAUACGGCACGGUGCUGGACAUCCAGUCUCCCCGAAGCGACGUGGUAACCACCGUUUCCAUGGGAUAUACCGCAACAGGUGAACCGGUCAAGAAAUGGGGUUGGGACGUCACGGACACCAAGGAAGAUUUCGAGUUUAUGAAGAAAUGGAUUGCAGAGGUUGAACCGAUGUUGGCACAAGGAAGGGUGAAGGUUCAUCCACCCAAGGUUGGCAAGGGAUUGGAGCAUGUUCUUGAGGGUCUCGAUUUGUUGAGACACGACAAAGUCAGCGGGCAGAAGCUGGUCUACGUACUGUGA